AUGGGUCUUCGCAAAGGGCAUUACGGGUUCAAUUGUUCCCGAGACAAAUGCGAUGCAUACAAUCCGACACGGCCCAAGGCCUUUGACUUCGCAGCAGACGCAGAACAAGUAGUGGGAGAGAUCCACGAUAACUUCACUUGCGAUAACCGAGAGUAUGGAUAUUAUGCCGAUCAAGGACACGACUGCCAAGUCUUCCACAUCUGUAUGCCAGUCAAAACUGUCACUGGCAGAAUUCUUGAUACUUUCCAGUUCAGCUUCUUCUGCCCAAACCAAACUCGCUUCAGUCAAGACUCUCGCACUUGCAUCAGUGAGGAACAGGCUUACCCAUGUCACAAGGCACACACUUUGUACGACUUGAACAAGGCAAUAGGACAACGCCCUUUGAAGAAGAAACCCGUUGGGGUAGGGGAGACAGCUGGGGCUACCCACAGGUUCAGCUCGUCUUCCUCCUCGUCUGGGUCCCAUAGCACUUCGUCUGCAGAAGACAGUAGCUUUACGUCGUCUUCCAACCAUCAUUCCUCUAAUAAUGCUCUGCUUGUGGAAGAUUCGGUUACACCAGUGCAUAUCAACUCUAAUCUGAAUAUUGGGGCUUCAGUCGUACCUGCUUCCCAACCUACAAGUUCCUCUGGCUUUUCUAGGUCAUCCAUUAGUGCCAGCCAAAGUAGGUUGACUGGUGGCCAGUCCUCUUCAUUUAAUACAAGGGUAUCCAGUGAUGCUCAAAGCCAGGCUACAGUUUCGUCAAACACUGGUAGUUCACAGGAAAACACAGGACAGUCCAGCAACUCGAGAGAUUUCACUCAUUUAUCAGUCAACUCCGAAAUCACUGAACCUAUUAUACCACCGGGAUCACAAGUACUUUCUACGGUGUCCUUAAAUCGCCAAAAUGCACUAAUCCAAAAACUGGAAAAGGAUCAUGAAUCAUCGAUAAAAAAUAGCGAGUCCGCCACACAAGGCCAUGCAGGAGCACAGCAGUCAAAUACAGCAUCAUUUUCUCACUCCAACACUGACAAUAGGCGUAUAUCUACUUCAGGCAAUUUUGCGUCAAAUUCUGCAACUUCUAAUAAUCAAGGGUCCACUCUUGUAUCAAGCAAUGCACAAAACGAAUCUCCUAACUUCAGGCCACUAACAGUAAAGGGGACACAAAAUGCAAAUUCAGUUAGACUUACCACUACACAGAGACAAACUUCUGCACCUCGGGUACAGCCUCAAGUGAAUACAGUGCAAGGUAGUGCUGGGCUCUCCUCUUCCAUCACAAUCCCAGGAUUCUCUGCUGGAAUAGUUAGGGUUGAUGGAGAAACUCUAACCAACAGUGGUUCAGAUGUUGCUCAUGCUGACCAAGAUUUAGAUGAUAUUGAUAUCUCAACUGAAGAUUAUGAAACUGAUGAUGAAUACAUUACUACUGAAACCCCUUCAUUACUUUCACCAAAGGGAUCUACAGGUUCAGGAUUACGUGGGUCGUCCUUACCUGUAAACAGUCAAAGAAAUAAUGCAGCUGGUUUUAGCUCAUCCUCCAGCUUCCAUGGGUCUUCUAAUGGGCAAGGAUCUAGUGCAGGAUCCAUAUCUUCAAGCGUAUCUGGUAACCAGGGAUCUAGGGUAAAUAUAGGGUUCAGUGGUACACCUGUGUCUGUCACACAGGGUUCUGUUAGAACUUCUGUAUCUAACACCCAAGGAUCUAGAGUAGCAUCCAUUGGAACUUCUACAGCUAACUCCCAAGGACCAAGGGGAACAGUAAGAUUUAGUGGCAUAUCAGCAUCAAAUGCUCAAGGAUCUAGGGGAACAUCGACAUUUAGUGGAGCAUCUGCUGGCACUCUGGGAUCUACCAGUUCAUCAGGAUUUAGUGGUGUGUCUGCAUCUAGCACCCAGGCAUCAAGGGGAACAGCAGGAUCCGGUGGAGCAUCUGUAUCUAAUGCACAGGGAACCAUUAGAACUACUGUAUCAAAUGUACAAGGGUCUCGAGGAGCAUCAUCUGGAACUGCAACCAAUAUUCGAGGGUCUCAAGGAACAGCAGGAUUCAAUGGAGCAUCUACAUCUAAUAUCCAAGGGUCUAGGGGAACUACAGGAUUUAGUGGGGCAUCAACAUCUGGCACACUGGGAUCUACCAGCUCAUCAGGAUUUGGUGGAGUAUCUGCAUCUAACACCCAGGCAACAAGGGGAAAACCAGAAGCCAGUGGAGCAUCUGUGUCGAAUGCACAGGGAGCCGUUAAAACUACUGUAUCAAAUUUGCAAGGGUCUCAGGGAGUAUCCACUGGAACCACAACCAAUAUCCAAGGGUCUCAAGGAACAGCAGGAUUUAGUGGUGCAUCUACAUUUAACACCCAAGGAUUACAAGUGGGUGGGGUAUCUAGGGGAACAACAGGAGCUAGUGGAGCAUUUGUAUCUACAACACAGGGAUUUGACAGAACUUCAGUAGCUAAUGCCCAAGGAUCAUCAGGAACAUCAACAACUAACUUCCAAGGAUCUCGAGGAACAGUAGGAUUCGGUGGAGUAUCUGGAUCUAAUACCCAAGGAUCUAGAGGAACUGCAGGAUUCAGUGGAGCAUCAACAUCUGGCACACUAGGAUCUACCAGCUCAUCAGGAUUUGGUGGAGUAUCUGCAUCUAACACAGGGUCUCAAGGAACAGCAGGAUUCAAUGGAGCAUCUAUAUCUAACACCCAAGGAUUGGGUGGAGUAUCUGGCACACAAGCAUCUAGGGGAACAGCAGGGGCCAGUGGAGCAUUUGUAUCAACUACACAGGGAUCUAGCAGAACUUCAGUAGCUAAUGCCCAAGGUUCAUCUGGAACAUCCACAGCUAACCUUCAAGGAUCCCAAGGAGCAGCAGGAUUCAGUGGAGUAUCUGGAUCUAAUACCCAAGGACCUAGAGGAACUACAGGGUUCAAUGGGGUAUCAACAUCUGGCACGCUGGGAUCUACCACUUCAUUAUCUAGCACUCAGGCUUCUAGGGGAACAGUAGGAUCCGGUGGAGCUUCAGUCUCUGGUACUCAGGGGACUAUUAGAAUAACUGCCUCAAAUGUACAAGGAUCCAGGGGAACAUCUUCUGGAACAGCUGCAAACAGCCUCCAAGGAUCCCAAGAAACAGGAGGCUUUAACAGAGUAUCUAUAUCUAACACCCAAGGUUCCAGAGGAACUGCAGGAUUUAGUGGAGCAUCUGUAUCUAGCAGUUCUUCAGGAAUAAGUAGAGGGUCUACAUCUAACACUCAAGCAUCAAGGGGAACAGCAGGAGCAUCUGUGUCUAAUUCACAGGAAUCUAUUAGAACUUCUCUGUCUAAUGCACAAGGAUCUACAGGGACAUCCACCAGCUUCCAGGGAUCUAGAGGAACUGUCAACUUCAAUGGAGCAUCUAUAUCUAACACUCAUGGAUCUAGGGGAACUACAGGAUUUAGUGGAGCAUCUGUUUCUGGCACAGUAGGAUCCUCCAGUUCAUCAAACCUCAGUGGAGGUUCAGCUUCAGGCAGCCAGGCAUCUAGGGGAACUGUGGGAUUCAACGGAGCUUCUGUGUCUAGUGCACAGGGAGCUAUCAAAACUACCGUAUCUAAUGUACAGGGAUCCAGAGGAACUGCAGGGUUUAGUGGAGCAUCUACAUCUGGUACACAAGGAUCUAUUAGUUCCUCAGGAAUAAGUGGAGCAUCUCUUUCUAGCACUCAGGCAUCUAGGGGAACAGCAGGAGCUACAGGAACAACUGGAUCUACACUUAACACACAAGGAUCAAGAGGAACCUCUGGAUUUAGUGGAGCUUCCAUACUGAACAGGCCAGGAUCCAGAGGAACUGCAUCUGCAACUGCUACACUGGGAUUAAGUGGAGUAUCUGCUUCUAAUGCCCAAAUAUCUAGGGGAACAGCAGGAGCUAGUGGAGUGUCUCUGUCUAAUGCACAAGGAUCUAGAGGUGUAUCCACUGGUACAUCAACAGUCAACUUCCAAUCAACAGCCAGAUCCACUUCUAACACACAAGGAUCUACAGGAACGUCAGGUUUACAAGGAACAUCUGUUUUGAAUGUCAACAGCAGAACAUCUGUAACCAAUACCCAAGGCACCUCACAUGUUAAUGGUGUACAUUUGUCUAAUAUACAAGGAUCAGAGGCAAAUUCUCAAAUUAAUCUAGGGGUGCAGGGUUCAGCUGAUGCAGCUGUAUCAACUACAACUUUUGGAUCAAGAGGCUCAUCUAAUAUAGGUGUUGCUUCUCAAUCAAUAAACAAGAACCCAGGAUCACGGGUAACAACUCUCUUAGUAAGCAAUGAAGGGGAAAAGUCUUCUUCAAAACUCAGAAGUUCUACAGAAAGUCAAGGAUUAACAAGUUCAACUGCUCAACACCAAUCUGAAUCACAAGGGUCUGAAGCAUCUGGACUUCAUGGAUCAGGAGUGCAUGGGUCAGCAUCUUCAGGAAUCAGAGGGUCUACAGCCUCUGGAGUACAAAGUUCAGUUGCUACAGUUCAAGGGUCAAUAUCCACAGGCAUACAGGGGUCACUUACAGGAUCACAGGGGUCAGUAUUGGUAAGAGGUCAUGAGUCAGGUUCCUCAUCAGUUCAUGGAUCUGUUUCUUCAACUCAAGGGUCAGCUUCUUCAGGUGUUCGUGGGUCAGCUUCUUCAGGUGUUCGUGGGUCAGCUUCUUCAGGCGUUCGUGGGUCAGCUUCUUCAGGUGUUCGUGGGUCAGCUUCUUCAGGUGUUCGUGGGUCAGCUUCAUCAGGUGUUCGUGGGACAGCAUCUUCAAGUGCAACAGCAUCCUCCUCAGUAUCAAGAACAAGAGGAUCUGAGUUGUCCAACGUUCAAAGUACGCAGUCCUCCUCCACUAUCUCAAACAGUCAAGGAUCCAGAUCAUCUUCACAUGUUAACAGGAACAGAGGAAAGAAGAAGUUCCAACCUAGCGCCUACCUCUUGCAGGGAUCAUUAUGGAACUCUAGAAAUACUCAAACCUCUGUCAGGCAAAGCUCAGCUGCUGCUUCUAUUCCAAGGGGAAAUCGCAGGUUUCGUACAUCAAGCGGAAGCCAACGUUCUUCAUCAGGCAGCAGGAAUUCUGCAAACAAUGAAGUAAGCAAGACAGAAUCUGUAAAAGAUUCGUCUGCUAGUUUCUCAUCAUUUGGCACUCAGACUUCUAGGGGAACAGUAGGAUCCAGUGGAGCAUCUGUGUCUGGUCCACAUGGAGCUAUUAGAACAAAUGCUCAGAGUUCUAGCGUAUCACACUCAAAUAUCCAGACUUCAAAUGGCUCCUUCAGGUCUAGUGGUUCAACAAGUGGUUCUACCAACUUUCAGAGACCCACAUCCCCUCGUACUGUCGUAGACUCAGUAGCAACUGGCCAAAGAUUUCAUGGAUUAUCUCUCUCCCAAGGUACAUCAAGUUCAGUAACAAACACUCAGAAUUCUGGAUCAUCAAGGAAUCAGUUAUCUUCAAACUCAUUUAGAGUGCAUGGAUCAUCUCAGGUACAAAACAACGAAAUUUCAAAAACCGUUUCUGUUGAUAUACAGAAAAACGAAGCCUCUUCUCAAAGCAAUGAAUUUGGGGAAAUUGAUUUGGUAACUACUACAGAGAAUUAUGAUUAUGAAGUCAAUACAGAAUAUGAGCUGACAACUGAAUCAACUUUUGAGGAUUAUGAAACUGAGAAUACAGAGGCCCCUGUACAGAUUGUGUCCACUAAUUCUCGUAGGAACCAGGCAAGGGCCUUCGGAUCCCGUGGUAAUUUCUUCUCAAGUAAUUCCUUAAACUCUGCCCGCAACACUAGGCCUACAAUAAGGAACCAAGUCACACUAGCACCUAUUGUAAAGCAGGCUACUUCUACUGAUGCUUCCAUAACCAAUUCUCAGGUAUCAAAACCAACAACACCAUCUUUUAAUACCGGAACUUCUCCUUUGAAUGGCCCAAGAAUAACAACAACAGCACCUCUAAUAAAUAAUUCAUUCAGAAGGACCUCAAGUCGUCAGCGUUUAACCAGCAGGAAUAAUGUGGUUACUAAUUCUCAAACUGCUGCAGAAUCAGAGGCCAAUGUUCAAGAAAAUACUGAAGAAUCUUUUGAUGGCCUUCGUGUGUUUGAAGUUUCCGAAGGAAGCCAAAAUUCACAAGGAAAUGAAAGAACUGUGAUCAAGAAGAAGAUUAUUAUUAAUGGAAGACCAGGAUCACGAAGAACUAAUAAAAAUAACCAGGCAAGUGUGAGUGCUCAACAGGAAACAACAGACACUGCUUUGGAUAGUACUCAGUCUUCUAACAACGGGGAAACACUUAGAGCUUCCUCUGUCUCCAGUGCCCAAACAAGGAGUCAGAAUGCAAGAGUGUCUUCCGGAUCUAGUAGACUAUCAGGAAGGCAAGGAUCAAGGUCAUCAGUAAGGCAAGGAUCAAGGUCAUCUUCAAGAUCACGGGGAUCAUCCCGUGCAAGCUCUGUUACCAAUCAAGAAUCAACAUUAACUUCUGACGGCCAAACAGAGGAAGAAAAGAAACGCACUAGGGCAUUAGAUGCUCUAGCAAGAUUUAACCCUGGGCUUGGGAAUUCACAGUUAUUGUCAGUGAGGUUCGUCCCAAAUAAGAAAGCCACAGUGACCAAAACAACCAGCAAUGACAAUGGAUCACGUGGUUCGACAAGAUUUACCUCACGCCGUCGUGGACCAGCAGCACCAACUACGAGUCAGGAAUCCGUCACGACAACAGUAGUACCAAACUCACAAGAGGCUACUCAGGAUUCACAAAGUGAUGCAAAGACUCAAAGGGCACUAGCAGCAUUACGGAAUUUUAAUCCAGGUGCCGGCAAUGCUAAGUUACUAUCUGUAAAGUUCACCCCCAAUAAAAAUAGCCAAGACAAAGUAUCCACCAACCAAGAGGCAAGUGUUCGUAGCUCGUCCAGAUCUUUUGAAGGCCGCAGCCGAGGUAACUCCAGGGUAUCCAACAGCAUUACAACCACAGUACCUCCUCAGCCUAUCACAACGACUGCUGCUCCCCUUCGAAGACUCAAAACAAACAACAGAAGAGUUGUUGUCCGUAAGAGGAUCGAAAAUCAGGAAAGAGAUAGUUCUGACACUGAGGCUUCAACAACAAUUUCCACAUCUUUGAACAACGGAAGACGAGGUAGUACGAGAUUCAGGAAUUCAGGUAAUUCCCGCAGACGGGUGAUCACAAGAAUUACCCCCGUUUCUGAUAGGAACCUGCAGGCUGAAGAUGAAAACGCCAGUUCUCAGGAAAGAACAUUUAAUUCAUUCUCUUCAUCCUCAUCUUCAUUCAACGCCCAGUCAGCAAGCUCCUCUUCUACAGGAAAUUCAGAACCAUCACAGAUCACAGACAUUCCCUCAGGCUUGAAACUCCGGGUUGUUGGGACGAGCAUCAAGUCAAGCGUCUCAACAAACACAGACAGUGAAAAAGUUGAAAGUUCCUCUUCGUUUUCUCAAAGUAGUGGAUCCUCGAGAUUUUCCUCUACCUCGAAUGUAUCCAGAAGUUCGACGAAGGACUCCAGUGAACCUUUAACUGAUCUGGAACUGGAGGCUCUCUCAGCCCUGGCUCAAGUAAAUACAGGGAUUGGGUCGAAUGAGAAAAUCAACAGAACUAAUUCUAGAAGUACAUUUCGAUCGAGGUCUAGAUCUUCGUUUUCUAGAUCGAGAAAUUAGGUUCUAAUUACAAUAAUAUUCCUUUGCCAUAUAUCUUAUAUCUUGCAUUUAAUAGGUUUUUAAGACUUGAAUGUUUAUAUCAUUCGCUUGUCAUGGCCAUCAUUUUACACAGGGAGCAAGUGAAGUGCUAUAAGAUAACAUGAUUUAAACGUUAUGUAUUAACAUUAUCACUGUAUUGUUGAUAUAUAUCUCUAUGCAUUGUAUAAUAUUUGACAGUAUUAAAACAUUUGCUAUAAAA